GCCGUAGAAUGGGUAUGUAAGUUAGGCGCUGACGUCUGCAGUAUAUUAUUUUCACCUUUUCUCUUAGACGAUGAUGAGGAAGAAGGCGAUGAAGGCGAUAAAGGCAACUGCAGAACUUUAAAACUUGAAAGCAAAAACAAAGAGAAAGACCAGAAAUCUCUCUCCAAGGCCAAGAAAAUCAAGUCAAUGAAGAUAACUAAAGAACUGUCUGAGGGCAAGUGCAAGAAGAAUAAAUCCUUUGGCUAUAAAGGAAAGAAGGCCUGGGUGAAGAACGACUGCCGUGCAGUAUUCAAAGUUUGCUACAAGCCAAAAGGCGAAGAAGACGAUGAUGAGGAAGAGGGCGAUGAUGGCGAGAAAGGCAACUGCAGAACUUUAAAACUUGAAAGCAAAAACAAAGAAAAAGACGAGAAAUCUCUUUCCAAGGCCAAGAAAAUCAAGUCAAUGAAGAUAACGAAAGAACUAUCAGGGGGCAAGUGCAAGAAGAAUAAAUCCUUUGGCUAUAAAGGAAAGAAGGCCUGGGUGAAGAACGACUGCCGUGCAGUAUUCAAAGUUUGCUACAAGCCAAAAGGCGAUGAAGGUUUGUUUUCACUUGAGAACUGGAAAACAAUCUUGCUUUCAACUUAUCAAAGUUAUUACUUUCUGGUUUGUUUAUGUCGUCUACCUUCUCUUGACAUUUUUGUGAGGUUUUCAAUAGGUGUCCUCCUACCUCGUUUGUUGCGCUUGCAUUCCAAAUCUGAUUCAUUUAUGUGCCACUCCGGAGUUUCAAGAACUUCUCCCACUGACUGAUUCUGCUACUUUUUUCCUCCCUUCAUUCCACAUACUUUAAGGGA